AGUUGGUUCACUAAAUGUAUAGAAAAAAAAAAUCUCAUUUAGUUAUGAGUUAUACUAAACAAUCGAGUUAGGGGUGUAAGUGGGUCGGAUCAAGUUUCUCGAAAAACCGACCCAACCGAACAUGGUUGGGUCGGGUUGGGUUCGGGUACUUAUGCUCACCUAUAAAUAAGAGGGCUGAAGAAGACUGGGCAGUCUUGGAUGAAGAGGCUUCCAAUGAACAGUGGCUGAGAAGCAAUGAAGAAAAGCAGAGAAAAGUGGUUUUGUUGAAGGAAAAACUUUGAAACCCCUCAGCUGCUGGUGACCAUGAUUUCGUUGUCUGAUGUGUAUCAUGUUGUGGCAGCCACAGUCCCACUGUAUGUGGCCAUGAUAUUAGCUUACAUAUCAGUAAGAUGGUGGAAGUUCUUCACAGCAGAGCAAUGUUGUGGAAUAAACAAGUUUGUGGCGAAAUUCUCAAUCCCACUGCUAUCAUUUCAAGUCAUUUCAGACAACAAUCUCUACAAAAUGAACCUGCAAUUGAUAUUGGCUGACUUUGUUCAGAAGAUAUUAGCUAUUGCUCUGAUGGGAGCAGUGACUAAAAUCACGUCUAGGGGAGGGUUGAACUGGAUAAUCACAGGGCUUUCUCUGUCCACCAUGCCUAAUACUCUCAUUCUUGGGCUGCCUGUAUUGAAGGCCAUGUAUGGCAGUGAAGCAGAUGUGCUUCUUGCCCAGAUUGUUGUCUUGCAGAGCGUUGUUUGGUAUAAUAUAUUGUUGUUUCUGUUUGAGUUUACUACCACUAAAGCAGCUGCUUUAGCUCCAGCAUCAGAAGCCAUAGAAAUUGAUACAACUGAAGAAGGAUUAGCCAAAGAAGAAGGUGAGGAAGCAAGAGACAGCAAUGGAAGGAGGCACAAAACCAGGUCCAUUCUCUUCACAGUUGCUAGGAAGCUCAUCUACAACCCCAACACUCAUGCAACAAUAUUAGGACUCAUUUGGGCAAGCAUAAGAUUCAGGUGGGGAGUAAAACUACCAGAAGUAAUAGAUCGAUCCAUAACAAUUCUAUCAACUGGAGGACUUGGUAUGGCCAUGUUCAGCUUAGGCCUUUUCAUGGGUUCACGGACAAGCAUCAUAGCAUGCGGUACAAAGAUGACACUGGUAGCCAUGGGAAUGAAAUUCUUAAUGGGACCUGCACUUAUGGCUGCAUCCUCACUUCCUCUAGGCCUCAAGGGCAGAUUGCUCCGAGUGGCAAUCGUGCAGGUUUGCAGCACUUCUCAAGGCAUUGUUCCAUUUGUGUUUGCCAAAGAGUAUAAUAUACACCCAGAUGUCUUAAGCACAGGGGUACUUCUAGGCUUGCUCGUUGCAUUGCCAGUAGCGUUGGCUUAUUACUCCUUGCUAUCAUUCUAAAUCAUCAAUGCUGCCACGACACGACACGACACGGUACGUGGCAUCAGAACACAAGAAGUUAUUACAUCGACGCUAAGCACCAGGACAGACCAUGUGCAGAUGCAGAACAGAAGUUUUUGAGAUAUACUUUUUUGUAGCCAUUUUUUCCCAUUAUGGUAUACUACUGAUGAUUUUAAGA